AUGCUUAACGGUGACAAUGCUGCAAGAAAGAAACGAUUUUUAGAAACUGACAAAGUUUCAUAUGAAUCUAUUGCUAAAGAUAAGGAAACUUUUGAAAAUGAUAAACCAGAAUUAAAACGAAACAAUUUACUAAAACCGAUAAUAAAUAAAGAUAAAAAUAUAACAAUAACAACACCUGAAGAUACCACUAACAAAAUAAUGGAAACUGAUUCACCUGAAAAACUGAUUGAAAAAACUGUUUUAGCAAUUUCAAAAAAUGAUGAACAAAAAGUUAUAAUUAAAGCAUUGAGUAAGAAAGAAAUUGAUAAAGAUAUAAUAAGAACAAAUGAACCUGUAAAGAAGACAGUUAUUCCUAAUCCUUCUGUUGUAAAAGUAAAAGAAGAAAAGAAAAAAUCUAAAAGUACAGAUAAUGAUAUAUACAAAAUAAGUCCAGAUGAUAAAAAAAUUGUUAUAAAAAGAAGUCACAAAGUUGACGAUUCAUUAAUUAAACUCAUACCAACACGCAAAGAAGAGUCAUCUAAAAAAGAGACAAAUGAAAAUUUAGAUGAUUUAAAAUGUACAGAAGAUAUUAUGGAACAUGAUAAUAUUGAAACAAUGGAUGAAGCUACCGAUGAAAUAUUUUCUAAUGAUGAUGAAAAUCCAAAUACUCCUGAUGAAAAUCAAUAUGAUGGUGAUGAUGAACCAUUUACUCCACCUUUUGAUGAAUCGAAUUUUUCUAAUUCACCUAUUGAUGCUACAAUGGGUGGAAAUUCUGAUUUCGAUGAUUCUUAUGGGCCAAGAACACCUGACAGUGAUUCAAAUAAUAAUGAUGAUUAUCCUGCCAGUAGCUCUGAAACAGAAACUCUUCCAGAUUCUGUUGAUGAAGAAGAAUAUGAACGUUUUUGUCCAGAAAAUGUAAUUUAUGUUAGCAUUAAAGGUGUUUCUGAAAUUGCAACAAUGCAAGCAGAUCAACAAAAAUUAAGUGAAAUUGUUUAUAUUAGAGGGUUACCAUGGCGUAUAUUAUUAUUACCACGUGAUAUACGUGUUACUUCUGGUGACCGAGCUGUUUUCAAACGGAGUCUAGGAUUUUUUUUACAAUGUCUUGGAGAUAAUGUUUGUACAGCAUGGUCAUGUUUAGCUAUGGCUGAUUUACGUAUAAUGUCACAAAUUCCUGGUGGUACUGAUUAUAAUAGAAAUGUAACACAUAAUUUUCAUGCUGAAGCUAAUGAUUGGGGCUUUUCACAAUAUAUAACUCUUGAAUUACUUCUUGAUUCUAAAAUUGGUUAUUGUUAUAAUGAUACAAUACUUAUGAAAUGUCAUGUAUUUGCUGAAGUUCCUCAUAAUAUAGGAUGGGAUAGUAAAAGACGUACUGGAUAUAUUGGAUUAAAAAAUCAAGGUACAACAUGUUAUAUGAAUAGUCUUUUACAGGCAUAUUUUUUUAUUGAUGAAUUUCGUAGAUCAAUAUAUAAAAUUCCACUUGCUGAACCAUCACAUUCUGAGACAUCUGUUACAUUGGCAAUGCAAAGAGUUUUUUAUGAAUUACAAAAAAAUGAUCAAGCAGUAUCAACAGAAAAAUUAACAAAAUCAUUUGGUUGGGAUCCAUCUGAUACAUUACAUCAACAAGAUGUUCAAGAAUUUGCCCGUGUUUUGCUUGAUAAUUUAGAAUUAAAAAUGAAAAAUACAAGUGUUGCAGAUGCCAUACCUAAUCUUUUUAAAGGUACACUUAAAAGUUAUGUAAGAUGUACAAAUGUUGAUUAUGAAUCAUGUCGUUAUGAAACAGUAUAUGAUGUACAAUUAAAUAUAAAAAAUUGUAAAAAUGUUAUUGAAUGUUUUGAUAAUUAUGUUGAAGCUGAACCUCUUGAUGGUGCAAAUAAAUAUGAUGCUGGAGAACAUGGUUUUCAAGAUGCUGUUAAAGGUCUUAUUUUUUUAGACCUUCCAAAACUUCUUUAUCUUCAUUUAAUGCGUUUUAGAUAUGAACCACAAGCAGAAACAUAUAUGAAAGUUAAUGAUCGUUGUGAUUAUCCGGCUGUUUUAGAUCUUAAUAAAUAUGUUGAAAGACAAGAGGGUGAUACUACAAAUUAUAAAUAUCAUUUACAUGGUGUUCUUGUACAUUCUGGAGAUUUUAGUGGUGGACAUUAUGUUGCAUAUAUAAAUACGGGACUUUAUGAUGGUGAACAAAGAUGGCAUCAAUUUAAUGAUGAAACUGUAUCUGAAUGUUGUCAUCGUGAAGUUUUUCUUGGUAAUUUUGGUGGUGAUGCAUCAGAAAAAGUUGGUAAACCAUAUUCUGGUGCAUAUAUGCUUGCAUAUAUACGUGAAGAUUCAAUUGCUGAAGUUCUUAAUCCAGUUACUGAUGAUGAUAUACCAAAAGAAUUAAAAGAAAGAUUUUUAGUUGAAGAAAAAGAAGAAGAAGCACGUCGUAAAGACAAAGUUACUUCAUAUUUAUAUCAAUCUUUUAGAAUAAUGUGUCCAAAAAAUCUUUUUAAAUAUACAGCUUUAGAUUUAAUGAAUGCUACAAGUCAAGAAGAAUUUGAAGAAAUUAAAUUACAAAAAAAUAUGACACUCAGUCAACUCCAUGAUUUUAUAUCUCGUUUAUAUGAAAUACCAGAAAGUAAAUUUCGUAUAUGGCAACUUCGUUUAACAAAACUUAAAAAAGAUGGUAUUGAAGCACAAUUAGGUUCAUAUCGUCCAAUGCAAUUAUUAGGAAAAUAUGAUGAAAAGUUUCAACCAAAUAGUAUUGAAAUUGGUGCAUUAGGUGAUGAUAAUGUUGUAUUUUUAGAAUAUUAUAAAAGAAAAGAAAAUAAUAAAAUUUAUUAUGAUGAAUUACCAGCAUUCAGUUCUACAAAUGAAUUAUUAUUUUUUAUAAAAGUUCUUUAUAAUAAUGAACAAACUGAUACACCAACUGUUAGUGUUAAAGAUAUUAUUAUAUUAUCACUAAAUAAACCAUUAACAGCAUAUAUGAAAGACUUUUGUAGAAUAUGCAAUUGUUCUGAUCCAAAUGGAAUUAAAAUUUAUGAAGAAAUUUCACCUGAUCAAAUAAAAUUAAUAAAAGAUAAGCAUUUACUUAUUAAAGAAACUCUUAAUUUAAUUGAUGGUGGUAUAUUAAUUCUAGAACAAACAAAAUAUAUACCAACAAUAGGUACAGUUUUAGAAUGGCAUGAAAAAGUUUAUAAUGAUUGUGUUAUUCGUUGCAUGCCAGUUUCUCAUAUGGUAUAUAAAACAUUAAAUCAUACAAGUUUUUUUACUGAUGAUGAGCAACCAGAAAUAUUAAUGGGAAUGUCAAUGAAAUGUACAUUAGCCCAAGUUGCUCAAGAAUUAUCUAAUCAAUUAUUUGUUGACUCAGAUAAGAUAUAUUUUUAUAAUUCUGAUUUAUUAAGUUUAAAAACACCACAAUUUUCAUUACCUAAAACUAGUUUUAAUAAUAUAACACUUGAAAGUCUUUGGAAAUCAAGUCAUGGUGAACCUCAUGAUCCUAGAUAUAAUUUAAGACCAUACUAUUUACAUUUUUCAUUAGUACCAUUUAGUGUUAAUGAACUUUUUAAAUUAAGAUUAACAAUGAAAAUUCAAGUUGUAGUUAAAAAACAAAAAGUUGAAGAUCGAUUUAUUUUUCCAAAACCAACACAAACUGUUAAAGAUGUAUUGGAAGAAUUUAAAGAUGAAUUUAAAAUAGGUGCAUGUAAUGAAAAUAUUAAUUUACGUAUGUUAUUAGCUGGUUGUGAAAGUAGAUCUAAUCGUGUUUUCCAUUGUUAUCCACCUCAUACAUCAAUACAAAAUGUGUAUGAAAAAACAAAACCAAAUUCAUUAUACAUUGCCAGAAUUGAAGAAAUUCCUACAGAUCAAAUUAAUGUUGAUGAGACAAAUGAAUACUUAAUGCCUGUUUCCUUUUUUGAUAAAGAUCCUAUAAAAUUGUACGGUGUUCCAUUUUUCUUUAAAAUAACAAAUAAUGAAUCAUAUGCUAUGGUUAGAGAAAGAAUCAGAUUAUAUUUAGGUACAAGUAAAAAGGAUUUUGAUAAAGCAAAAUUCACUUAUGUUCAAAAUGGAAAAAUUGUAAAAGUUAUGAAUACAUCAACAUCAUCAACAGCAAAUUUAUCAGAAUUAAAACAAUAUAAUGUUGGACAAAAUCGUAUUUUACCAUUCUUCUUAGGAAUUGACUUACCAAAUAAAAUUCACCAACCUAAACAAUCAAGUGAGAAGUCAAUUGUCAUUCGUAAUUAA